AUGACUGCAGAGAGUUAUUAUAUACCGUUACAUGUCUUAAAAGAGAUUACAAAUGGAUUCUCAGCGGACUCAAGAAUAGGAAGGGGUGGAUACGGAGACGUUUACAAGGGAGUUUACAAUAGGAGAGAGGUUGCUGUAAAGUUGCUUCAUGUUGAUACGUUGCUAGGACUUGAUGACCAACGAUAUAUCAAUGAAGUUGGUAACCUUUUGAAGGUUAAGCAUCCAAAUAUCAUACAGUUACUUGGUUAUUGUUAUGAAAUACAGAAUGAACUAAUUGAACACAAUGGUGCAAAUCAAUUUAGCCAACACAUAUAUAGAGUCCUCUGCUUUGAGUACUUGCAGGGUGGAAGCCUAGACAAGCAUCUUUGUGCACAAUCUUUUGCACCUAAUUGGAGCACACGUUACAAUAUUAUAAAGGGGAUUUGUGAAGGUUUAAAUUUCCUUCAUGAAUGCAAACCACAAAUUUGUCAUCUUGAUUUGAAGCCUGCCAAUAUAUUACUAGACAGUUCCAUGGAGCCUAAAGUGGCGGAUUUUGGAUUGUCAAGGCUAUUCACUCCAUCACACACACAUAUCACAGAAAGAAUCAUAGGAACCCGGAAGUACAUGCCACCAGAAUUCCUAAAUGAAGGCAAAAUCUCACCUAAGAAUGACGUCUUCGGUUUCGGUGUUGUAAUGAUCGAGAUAAUGGCAGGACCUGCAGGUUACUCCAAUUCUUUUGAAAUGCAUGAUGUGGCACAAUUAAUGCAGCAGGUACUUACCAAUUGUACAAUGAUUGAAGCCACAUCGAAUAACCGAUCAGAGGAAUUACGUCAGGUGAAAACGUGUAUUGAAUUAGCAAUGCGUUGUGUGGAUUCUGAAAGAGACAAUAGGCCCUCUGUAGCAGAUAUCCUAGAUACCCUGAAUAAGACAGAAACUCAUAUUCCCAAGAGACAGCAUUGCCCUCAAAUCAGUGUUCCCGGGCUGGAGAGGGCCAAGAAGAGGAAGAAGACGGGAGGGAACUUGAAGGGGAUUGCAGAAGAACGUACCCAUUUCACUGUCAUGCAAGAAAAUGCCCCUAGUAUGCUUGAAAACAGGGAUCACCGGGAAACAUCAGCAAAGAUAGGAGCAGAAGUCGUAGGGAGGGACAUGGAAAAACAGGAAAUUAUGGCUCAUUUAUCUGGGAGUACCACACAAGAGAUCACCUUCCUUCCGAUAUAUGGUAUUGGAGGCAUUGGGAAGACAACCAUGGCACAAUUUGUUUUCAAUGAUUCCCAGUUCAAAGAGUACUCUCGGGUUUGGACCUAUGUGUCCCAGACAUUUGAUUUAAAGAAAAUUGGGAAUUCUAUAAUAACACAACUAUCCGGUAGCAAGAGUAUGCAUACUGACCUUCAGAUGAUAGAAAAUAGCCUGCAAAAGCUCCUUUCUGGUAAGAGGGUUCUAAUCAUCUUAGAUGACCUGUGGGAGAGGGAAUCACCUCAGUUAAAAAAGUUGGAGAGUAUGCUAAAUCUGGGUGAAGGGGGCAAAUUGGUGGUGGUAGUAACCACACGAGAAGAAUCUAUUGCACAUAAAAUUCACACUGGCAGAGUGAAGCCAUAUAAGCUAGCUCCCUUAACAGAUGAAAUUUGUUGGACUAUCAUAAAAAAUAAAAGUUCAUUUGAAAACAGAGCUGAAAGAGCGCAGUUAGAGUUGAUCGGAAAGGAAAUUGCAAAGAAGUGUGGAGGUGUGGCUUUAGCAGCCCAAUCUAUUGGGUAUGUGUUGUAUGCUAUGGAAUUUGAUGAAUGGGUGUCGGUGAACAACAGUGAGAUCUGGGACGUGCUUGCCUCAGGAGAAUCAACUCAUCAUGUUCAUGCAUCCUUGCUGCUAAGCUAUCACAUUAUGGAUAAAUACUUGAAGUUAUGCUUUGCUUAUUGUGCAACCUUUCCAAAAGGUCACAAGAUAGCUAAAGAAGAUCUAGCUCACCAAUGGGUUGCUCUUGGACUUGUUGAGCCAUCAAGGACAUUCUCUAAUAUACAAACCAGUCAUAAAUAUAUUCGUCAUCUUUUUGGCAUGUGCUUCCUUGAACAUCCAAGGUCACAAUGGAGUUAUAUGGAUGUCGAUAAUGGAUUCUUGAUCAUGCAUGACCUGGUGCACGAUCUCGGAAGAUCAUUUCUGGCUGAUAAAAUUAUUAUAGAGAGUCCUGCCUGCCAAUAUGCAUGGCUGACAGAUCAUAGAAAGCUAUUUAAGUCAUCAAUGAAUCCACUCGCCAAGCUAUUUAUGUCAUCAAUGAAUCCACUCGCCAAGCUAUUUAAGUCAUCAAUGACUCCACUCGCCAAGAUAAGGGCACUGCAUUUUCUCGACCGUGCUUACUUGCAGCUUAAUGGUGAAGCUUUUUCACCGGCUAAAUGCCUCCUUGUCUUGGAUUUAAGCAGAUGUUGUGCACAAAAGCUGCCUGAUUCUAUUGGUCAACUGAAACAGUUGAGGUAUCUCGAUGCUUCAUGGAACCCCGAGUUUACUGAAUCUUCUGAAUACCAAGCACCACCGGAGUCUUUAUUGAUACCGAAAGCCCUGGGUUCCCUUAAUGAACUCCAAUAUUUGAAUUUAUCAGGUCGCGGAAGACCCAUAGGGCUGCCAGAGGUCAUCAGCGAACUCACGGACCUCCGGUAUUUGAAUAUAUCACAUUGCAUGGGUUAUUAUUUAUUGGACAUCCCAUCAGCAAACCAAAGUUUCAUUGACUGUAUCGGUACCCUUCCUAAUCUAGAGCAGCUGGACAUGUCUUCUAAUAACUAUGGUUUCUGUGUACCUGAAAGUUUCAGCAGACUCAAGAAGCUGAACCUCUCCGACUGCCAGUACAUUGCUAGCCUUCCAGAAAAUGUGGGGAAAGUGGAUAUUCCAAUGCUUUUUGGCUUGUUGUUCCCGCAAAAGGGAGGGUUUCCUGUGCGUGUGGUUGAUAGUGAAUCUAGCAGCAGUCUUGUCUGGCUUAAGCAUACAAAUCCUGAUGUGUUGGGUAUCACUGAUACUUGA